CGUGUGCGCUUCCGUUCCGUCUGGACCGCAUCGCAUCUGUAACCAUGAAGGUUGCCAUUUUUCUAUUGGUCGUCGUGGCUUGCGCCGUUACUGCAAAGCCUGCAGGCUACACAACAAAGUAUGAUAACAUCGACUUGGACCAAAUUUUGAAAAGCUCACGACUGCUUCAGAACUAUGUUAAUUGCCUUUUGGAAGUCGGUAAUUGUACACCAGACGGCAAGGAGUUAAAGAACUUGCUGCCUGACGCCCUGGAAAAUGACUGCAAAAGUUGUAACGAUCGCCAGAAAGCUGGCUCGGAGAAGGUUAUCCGGUUCUUGGUGAACGAGCGUCCUGAAAUUUGGGACAAACUGGCCAAGAAAUUCGAUCCCGACAACCGAUACAGAGUCAAGUUUCAGGCUGAUGCAAAAAAGGCUGGAAUCGCACUGUGAACAUGACUAAGAAGUAAUUUGUAUUUGUCUUUUUUUUUUUUUUUUUUUUUUUUUUUUUUUUUUUUUUUUUUUUUUUAAAUAAGAAUUUGUUAUUAUGUUUCUCCCAGAUGUGACAAGUUGUUAAAUAUAUACACUGAAUUCACGAA